AGAGAUGACAUUAAUUGGCAUUAUUUCAGGCACUGUUGGAUAAGAAGAAUAAAAUUCUUGAAGCAAAGAAACCCCCUCGUUUCCUUCAAAGAAACCCAGUACCUCAACCUCGGCUUCCAACUCCAACCUUGGAAAUGACUUCCAACGAAGAAGAAGAAAUAGAAAUGGCUGUGAUCUACCUUCAAAAGUUACUCCGGGGCAGAGUCGUUCAAAACAUGAUGUUUGAAGGGAAAGAAAAACGACUGGAGUUGAUCCAGGAGUUACGCACCUGCCACGCACUACAAGAAGAUGAAAAGCUGGUGAAAAAUGCUGAGAAGCAAGUGACCCUGAACUCACAGCAGAAGAGGAACUUGCAUGAACACAAGGUGUCACUGGUUGAAAAUCAUUUGGCUGGACUGGAAGGAAGGGCACUGGCAGACAUGUUUGACUUCCUGUCCAAAGAGCUGGUGAGACUGCAGGAGGAGAGGAGGAUCCAUGCUUUUGUCAUGCUGGCCGAGCGCCAGCGGCGGGUACGAGAGGCGGAAGAGAGUGGUCGGCGCCAGGUAGAGAAACAGCGCCUGCAGAAGGAAGACCAGAUAUUUAAGGAGGUAGUUAAAAUUCACCAUAGUACUAUAACCUCCUACCUAGAAGACAUAAUACUGAAUACCGAAGCGAAUACUGCAGAAGAACAAGCCAGGGCAGAAAUUGAGAAGAUGGCUGAGAAAAUCAAUGACAUUGCUUAUGAAAUGGAAAGCCGCCGAACCUAUCUUCAGUCAGAGGAGAUUGUUGCAGAGUUGGUUUAUAGUUUUCUGAUCCCAGAAGUGCAAAAAUACUUUGUCAAAGAAAAAGUGAGGAAUGCACAGCGGAAACAUAUUCUUGCAGCCCAUCAGCUCAUCCAUGGGUACAUGGAAAGCAUGGUUCAAGAGAGAUUAACUGAGGGACAGCAAGGUGAGGUCUCAAAUGCUGCCAUGUUACUUGAGAAAGAAAAUGAGAACAACAGUUAAGGUGA